CAAUCCCCCGCUGGAAGAAAGGCUGUCAUGCUUGUGUUUUGCUUUGGGUUUUUUGUUAUUGUUACAGAACCCGUGGAGAAAAGUGCGACUGUGUCACUCUUGUCUUUUAAUGUUUUCUCGUGCGGCGUGUGAAUCCAGCAUCUGACAGAGUCGUCUCGUUCACAUUGUUUCCGCAGAGGCCUUUUCAGUGAAGGUGCAAAAUAGCCUUCCUUUGAUUUGUGUUGCCAUGGACAAGGAUUGGCAAGUGGAGUUUAGGAACGUGGGCUGCAGUUACUUCCCUCAGAGCAGAGUUGACUGCCACUACACACUGAGCUCCCGGCACAACUGGACCAGCAGUGACUGGAUAGGGCUCUUCAAGGUGGGAUGGUCAACACUGAAGGACUACCAUACAUUUGUUUGGGCACUAGCCCCGACUGACUAUGAAGAGGGCACAGAUGUCAACUGCUGUGUGCAUUUCCAGGCCUCCUACCUACCCAAUCCCAGCUCGCAAGAGUAUGAGUUUAUAUACGUUGAUGCUAAGGGUGAAGUGUGCUCCUGCAGCUCAAAAUUUACUUUCGGUGCACCGACGCCACUUGAGGACCUGGUGACCCUUGAGGAGGAGCCCCAAGAAGAGGAAGCUGGCACAGGCAUGUUGCUGGUCAUACCCAGGGCUGAGCUGCUGCAGAGUCGACUGCAGGAGUGUCUGCGAGAGCGAGCUGAGCUGCUGCAGGUCCAGGAAGAAGCAAACUGGCAAAAGGAGAGAGAAAAGGAGGAACACAAGAGGACAAGAGAGCUCUGGAACAGACAAUGCAAAGAGCUGGAAAGUGUGAUCAUCCACCUGCAGGAAGAACUGAGGCACAGUCUAGAGAAGAUCGAGGAGAUGGAGAGGAAGCAAAAGGAGGAGAAGGCUCUCAGAGAAUCACUCGCCCAGGACAAAAAUGCUUUAUUGGAUGUGAGGGAGACGAGUAAAGAGCGAAUCAAAGAGCUGGAGGAGGACAUCAAAACCCUGACACUGAGAAUUGUGGAAAGAGAAACUGAGCUGGAAAGGCUGAAGGAGCGAGCAAAGAGGGCAGGAACUCAGCGGAAAGAAGAAGAGAGUGAGAGAAAGAGCCUGCAGACUAAGCUGGAACAGACAGAAGGUGAACUCAGAAGUCUGUCCAAAGAGUUCCAGGGUCUGAGGACCUCGCUGGCCCAAAGAGACACCAGUGUCCUUCAGCUCCAAAACACCAUCACCACCCUCACACAGAAACUCACAACUGCCCACAGGAAAGAGGCGGAGGGUGAGGCUGUACUAAAGGAGAUGCGAAGCCUUCGGGAGCGUCUGAACACUAGUGAGCGUGCUACAGAGGCCUUGAAGAGCGAUCUGAGCACCAUGGUAACGCAGAGGGACCACGGGCAGGCCGAGAUGCAUCAGGCACGUCUGCAGGCUGCACAGCUCACCCUCCAGCUUGCAGAUUUCAGUCUUGCCAUGAGAGAGGGAAGAGCCCAUUGGGCUCAGGAGAGGCAGAAUCUGCAGCGCAAUGCCGAGAAGGACCACGAGCAACUAGAGAAACUCAAUACAGAGAUGCAGAGGAUGGAGGAGAGGCUGCAGGAGGAGAGGAUGGAGAAAGUAAAGCUGGAGGUUGAACUCGGAAGAGAAAAGGAUUGCAAUCGGGUUCAACUGAGUGAAACACGCAGGGAGCUCCAGGAGCUAAAGGCCAGCCUCAGGGUCGCCCAAAAAGAGAAGGAGCAGCUACUUGCAGAGAAGAAGGAGCUGAUGGACUACAUCUGUCAGCUGGAGCAGAAGAUGGGAACAGUAGCCGGUGCCAAGUGGAGCGCUGCCCUGAUCGCCUCUACAGGUCGGCCUGAGAGCGUGUCAUCAGACUCUGAGGAUGAAAAUCCAGAGGCCCUGCAGCCUCUCCGUCCGCCCAGACCUCUGGGACACUACAGCCUGUGUGAGCAGGGCCAGCCUGACACCUUGCUCCUUGCCACGCCUCCAAACUCCCUGAGGGAGAUGGAGAGGAGCACAGUGGUCAUCAACCAGCCAGCUCCUCUCUCGUCACCACACCAGGCUAGCACUGACACUCUCGCACACAGCUCUGAUUCGGAAGAGGAGUCUGACCCACUUCAGUGUGGAACUCACAGCUCUGGAGAGGAGACAGCCCUUCUGCUGCCGGAGCACAUGGACACUGUUCUCAGUGAUCUGGCGGACACUUCCCUCUGGUAACCAGCGGACAGUGUGGCCACAUUACAUCCACAUGACUUCCAUUUACAAGACAAGUCGCUCACCACACUGACAAAAUAUUAAUAUGCAAUUUACAUCAUCUUUUUUUUUUCCCUUCCACUCAUAGAGAGGGGUUUGUAUUAUUGCCCUUACUGUUCCGUUGUUAGAGAUGACAUGACGCGUGUGGUGGCAGGUCAACACCAUGUUUAUGACUGACAUAAGACUGUUGCAUAGUUUGAAACGACGGGCUUUUAGGCAUGGGCGCUGGCAUUUGAGAGUUCACAGGCUGUAGCAGAAUGAUUUCUGUUGAAUCAUUGCUAUGUCGAGAGCUUUACGAUGGAUGUUAUGUCGUUUUUAUGACAUUUGUGAUUAGGAGUCAUGACAGGCACUGUAAUUAUGUUUUGUGCAGGCCGGGCUCCACUGAAAAUCAUGGCAAAACUCUCUUCCAGCAUUAAAUUCUCCACAGCAGCUUUGAACACUAUUCAAGGCGACAUAAAGUAAUGAUACAGCAUCAUGCUAAAAUUAUAUUGCAGUAAUGUAGGUCUAUGACAUCAUAUUUCUCCCCCAUUUACUCAGAACUAAGAUUUGAUAUGCACUUUCUUGUACGCAUUAGCAGUUAAUUGUCACGCAGUUGCAGUGGAGGAGAUUUAGUGAUGCGGAAGCGCUUUAAAAAUGGACGGGCGGUUUAAAAUAGCGAGCUUAUGGAACAGAUUGUGUUUAAAGUGGACCGUGAUAGAUGCCGGACGCACCUUUCUGCUUCAGUGACUUCGUGUCAUCUUUAUUAUAACAUUAAUGCGCAUAAGCUUUUCACUGUAGAUCAGCUACAGUUUUUACUCGUCAAUUAAUGACCCUGUAUUUUGUGUUUCAUAAUUAUUUUUAAAUGAAAAUGCUAAUUUACUCGCUCGUCAUUUGAAUAUUUAGUAUCAGACUUUAUUCGUUUAAUAUGUUGUACAGAGAUCUCACUUUGCCAUUGCACAGUUGUGCCUAAAAUAAUGAAAUAAAGAAAAGAUAUUUACAGGUCUUGACAUCUUGACAUGGUGUUGCUAUCCAACCCCCAGCCUGUGGCAUUAUACUGCCUAAUAAAAAUAGCUGACUACCUUUUAAUCAAUACUGUAUGCAUUUUUCAUGAUUUUCUAUCUAUAAUUACCUUGAGUUAUGCAGCAAUAUAACUAUCCAGGUUUAGUUGGGAAGAGGUUUUUGGGUUUUCACACAGACAUGUGAGCAGAACUCCCAUGCUUGGCUGAAAUAAUAUUUGCGAGACACUUUGAUUGCUUGAUUCUCCCUGCUGUAUUUGCACCCUAUUUUUUACUAUAACAGAGUUUUUAGACGAAAAAGGCGAUAUAUAGAUACUUAACAAUAUGUCAGAUGUGUCUUUUUAUCUUAAUCAUUACGCCGUGUGUUGCGUCGAUGCAUAUUUUAUCGACGCCGUUUUUAUCCUCCGCUUUCAAACACUCAGUUGUAUUUUGGUGAGACGCUAAUGAAAGGGAAUGAUAUCAGCGUGUUGGGUUUAAAUCAGUCAAAGAGAAGGAUUUUAAUGUUUAAAUGGCUACAGCAGGGACUGGGUGAUUAUGGUGGCGGCAGUAAAUCUCUGCCUCUCCACUUAUUUACCUUGUGUUCUGUGUAUCCUGUGUUUUUGUGGAGUUUGGUGUUCUUUCCCGGAAAACAGCACACUACAUGUAUUCUCCAUAGUCCUUGUUUGUGCCUUUAAUCUGACUUUAUUUCUUAUGGAAGUUAUUUUGUUGUUGUUGUUGUUGUUCCACUGAGAGCUCCAGUAGAUGUGCUCUUUGUCAGGACACCGUCUCUCACUGCUAUAAAGCUGCAGUGGUUAUGGUUUGUUUUGAAGUUUUGUGUGUGAAGGUUAUCCCACUUGUACACCAUGGUUUCUUAUCAGUCAUGUAACAGGGUUUCGGUGGGUUCUGUAUAAUAAAAUGGUUUAUGUAUUCA